UUCUAUUCAUGGUGUUAGGCUGUGCGAGCACUCAAGUUUUGUCUUGUUUUGUUCUUAAUGGCAAUAAUAAAUUUUUGAUGUGGGCGGUGUGUUUCGAGAGUGUGGUCGCGUUAAUAAUUUCGAUAAAUACCAGUGACUUUGUUAUGAUAUAUUACAAAUGAGAAAUUAGCGAAGGAAUCUACCAGACUUCCAUCUAAACAAACGAAGACGAAUACGUGUGCAAAAAUAUCAGAGCGCAACUCACCUAAGUGUCAGUUUAGUUGCUAUUGAGUGUGUAUAUAAAAGUCGUGUCAGUCUGUUUUUAUCAAAUUUUUCCAGUGCAGUUCGUCCAGCGAGCAACAACAAGUCAAGUUUAGAAGAUAAAGAACGUAGCGUGCCAAAUACGAAGUGCUCUGUGCAGUUUUCUUGUUGUUAACUUUUUCGUUUCACUUUGUGUCUUAUUGCAAAAAGCUCGGCAUCAAAAAUGUCAGCAAAUCGUGGACCAGCAGAAGACUAUCUUAACCAGUACAAGGCAGGGCUUAAGGCUCCGGCUGGCCCAGUGACGACUGGUACUGGUGCUCCAAUCGGCAUUCGUGAUACAUCUUUGACUGUUGGUGAACGUGGACCAAUGCUACUUCAAGAUGUCAACUAUAUCGAUGAAUUAGCCCAUUUCGAUCGUGAACGCAUACCGGAACGUGUUGUCCAUGCCAAAGGUGCUGGUGCUUUCGGCUAUUUCGAAGUGACAAGCUCCGAAAUUAAGAAAUAUUCCGCCGCGAAAGUGUUCGAAUCAGUCGGAAAGAAAACCCCAAUUGCAAUUCGUUUCUCGACUGUUGGUGGUGAAAGUGGCUCAGCUGAUACCGCUCGUGAUCCUCGUGGAUUCGCCAUCAAGUUCUACACCGACGAUGGUAUCUGGGAUUGUGUGGGCAACAAUACGCCGAUUUUCUUCAUUCGCGAUCCAAUUUUGUUCCCAAGUUUCAUUCAUACCCAAAAACGUAAUCCAGCAACUCACUUGAAAGACGCCGAUAUGUUCUGGGAUUUCAUUUCAUUGCGACCGGAAACAACACAUCAGGUUAUGUUCCUGUUCGGUGAUCGUGGUACUCCUGACGGAUAUCGUUUCAUGAACGGUUACGGUUCUCAUACCUUUAAAUUGAUCAACGAUAAUGGCGAGCCGGUCUACUGUAAAUUCCAUUUCAAAACGGAUCAAAAGAUUAAGAACUUGGACGCUUCGAAAGCCGACGAAUUAGCUGGUUCUGAUCCAGAUUACAGCAUCCGGGACUUGUACAACGCUAUUGCCAAGGGUAAUUUCCCCAGCUGGACGGCAUACGUUCAAAUUAUGACUUUCGAGCAAGCCGAGAAGUUCGAAUUCAAUCCAUUCGAUUUGACAAAAAUCUGGCCACAAUCCCAGUACCCCUUGAUUAAAUACGGCAAACUUGUUUUGGACCGCAAUCCAAACAAUUAUUUCGCCGAAGUAGAACAAAUCGCAUUUGCACCAUCGAACCUUGUGCCUGGCAUUGAACCAUCACCGGAUAAGAUGUUGCAGGGACGUUUGUUUUCUUAUGCUGAUACCCACCGUCAUCGUCUGGGCGCUAAUCAUCUUCAAUUGCCGGUCAAUUGUCCUUACCGUGUACAAGCAAAGAACUAUCAACGUGACGGUCCAAUGAAUUUCACUGACAAUCAAGGCGGAGCUCCCAACUACUUCCCCAACUCAUUCAGUGGACCAACUGAAGAUGAACGAGUUAGAAGAUUGGUGCCACCAUUCAAAGUUAGCGGAGAUGUUCAUCGUUAUCAGACCAACGAAGACAACUUCACCCAGCCAGCUAUUUUCUACAACAAAGUACUCGACUCGGCCGCUCGACAACGCUUAAUCGAUAACAUUGCUGGGCACAUGAAGAACGCUUCGCCAUUUAUCCAGGAACGUGCUGUGAAAAAUUUCGCGCAAGUGAGCACCGAAUUCGGUGCUAAAUUGGCCGAGAAAUUGAAUUUGAAGAACUCGGCAAAUUUAUAAAAAGGCCAAGAAUUUUCUUUAACAAUUCAUUCAUUCCUUGGGUUCAAUUUAUCGAACGUUUUCUAUGAUUUAACAAAA